GUUACGAGUGGCCUCGCCCGGGGAUCCCACCAUUCCAGAUUCAUGAUGGCGGACACGAGGAGGAAGAUGCCAAGUCCUUUGGUUAUAGAAGAAUGUCCAGAGGAAGAUGACCACAGAGGCAGGAGAAGACAGAACCAUAUAGCAGAGGAGUUUGGGAUAGAGAUGAACAACACAGGCCACAGUAGGAGGAGGAGAUACAGUAUAGAGGAGGAGGAGGACUGCUCAGAGGAUGGAGACACUCCCUUUAGGAUAAGAGAUUUCUUCCAUGUUGGUGAAGUCAGUAACCUGAUCUGCCUGGUGGCCAUGAUCAUCGGAAUCACUCUGGUGGAGGUCUUCAAAAACGAUACCAGGGUUCCGAAGCAUGCUAUGAACUUCCUGCAAGUGUUCCGGGCCAUGGGCCUGUUCAGUGUGUCAGGAGGGGUCACCAACUGGCUGGCUGUCAAGAUGCUGUUUGACAGAAUACCUGGGCUCAUUGGCAGUGGAGUCAUCACAUCACAGUUCAAGGAGAUCAGACAAACAGUAAAGAACGUUGUUCUGGAAACCUUCUUUGAAACAGAGUACCUUGAAAAUUACAUGCAUCGAAAGAGUGGAGAAUUCUUAGCAGCUUUUCAAAUAGAGAGUAAACUGCAGAGAUUACUGCAGUCAGAACGAGUCAUGCAGAUCAUAGACAACCAGGUCCAGAAGCUCUACAAGAAGCCAGAAGGAAUUUUCCGUCGUACAACUAGCACAGGGAUGAUGCUGGCCAUGAUGGGGGUGGAUGCUGGGAAGCUCAGUAAGAUGAUCCAGCCCCUGAUGAAGGGCCUCAGCAGAGACAUGACACCGGUGCUUGCCAAAAACCUGAAAACUUUUGAGUUCAUGAAUGCGGAGAGCAUGCGAGCACAGGUGGAUGAGAUGAUGACAGUAAAGAUGGAGGAGUUCACACCACCAAAGGUCAAAAAGCUUGUGGAACAGAUGAUACGACAGCACCUAGGGUGGCUUGUUGUCUGGGGAAACGUCUUCGGUGCACUUUUGGGAACCAUAGCAGAGGUCGUCGCCAUCUUCACAUAGCAUCCUGGUGUUGUAGCAGAGUGCAAAGUGUGGUCAGGACAUAUGUCUAAGAAAAAACAGCACUGGACAGCAAUGAUCUCCAGGGCAUCUAUAGCAAAGGCCUCAAGAGGAACCAGCAUGGACAGCAAUGACCUUUGGACUUUUGACAGAUAAUCCAUUUGGAUUAUUGACAAGCUAUGACCUUUUGAUCAUUGACAACAGUGACCAUUGCCAACCAUUACCUUUAGACCUGGCAGGAAUGACCUUUCAACCAUUGAUAGCUUUGGCCUUUGAAUCAUUGAUAGCGAUGUCCCCUGGAACAUUGACAGCAAUGACCUUUGGACCAUUUUUAGCUAUGACCCCUGAACCAUUGACUGCAAUGACCUUUGAACUAUUGACAGCAAUGACCUUUAGACCAUUGCCAACCAUUACCU